AUGCAACAAUGCAUCAGUCACCAGUUCUACGUGAAACCAGAUAAUGAUACACAAAUUUCUGAAUUUCUUCUGCUGAGAUUUUCAGAAGAAGCAGAAGAGCAGCCCCUCAUAUUAGGGCUUUUCCUCGCCAUGUACCUGAUCACUGUGUUUGGAAACCUGCUCAUCAUCCUGGCUGUCAGCUCAGACUCCCACCUCCACACGCCCAUGUACUUCUUCCUCUCCAACCUGUCUUUUGCUGACAUCUGUUUCACCUCCACCACUGUUCCAGAGAUGCUGGUAACCAUUCAGGCACAGAACAAAGUCAUUACCUAUAAAGGUUGUAUCUUCCAGGUUUAUUUUUUCAUACUGUUUGGAGGGUUGGACAACUUUCUCCUUAUUGUGAUGGCCUAUGACCGCUUUGUGGCCAUCUGCCACCCCCUGCACUACACGGUCAUCAUGAACCCUCAGCUGUGUGGACUGCUGGUUCUGGUUUCCUGGAUCAUCAGUUCUCUGUAUUCGUUAAUGCAAAGCUUAAUGUUGUUGCGCCUGUCCUUCUGUAGAAAUGUGGAAAUUCCACACUUUUUCUGUGAACUCAACCAGGUGGUCAAAUUGUCCUGUUCUGACACCUUUCUCAACUACGUGAUCAUUUACUUUGAUUCUUUCUUACUGGGUAUUGGUUCCCUCCUUGUUAUUCUUUACUCUUACUCUAAGAUAGUUUCCUCCAUCCGUAGAAUCUCAUCAGCUCAGGGCAAGUAUAAGGCAUUUUCCACCUGUGCAUCUCACCUUUCAGUUGUCUCCUUAUUUUACUGCACAGCUCUGGGAGUGUACCUUAGCUCAGCUGCUUCCCACAGCUCACGUUCAAGUACAAUCGCCUCGGUGAUGUACACUGUGGUCACACCCAUGCUGAACCCCGUCAUCUACAGUCUGAGGAACAAAGACAUAAAGAAGGCGCUCUGCAGGCUCCACAGGAAGCUUCAGUCUCUACAACAUGCUUCUGAGUCUCGCCCAGGGUGA